AUGGAGAAAGACGGUGUCGAUGAGCCGGUGAGUCAUUCCGGUACCAUUCGCCAAGACGCACAGGAAUUGUGUACUUUUGUUUUUGAAAAAUGAUAUGUAUUCGUUCGUUUGUCCAUACUUUGAGUCGGAUCGGAAAUAGAUUUCUUUUGCGAAAUGGAAUUGUCGUGAGAAUUUCACACUUAAAAUUUUCACUAAAUUUGAUGCUGCGCCUUUAAGCUACAGUACUCCUAACGCUGUGUUCAGGCAGUCUUUUCUCAUCGUAAAAUUUUCUAAAAUGUUCCCCUGGUCUCCGUGUUCAUGUUUUAUUGUUAUGUGCGAUUAAACAAACAUUCCUUUUCUUCUGAAGCGCGAUUCAAAAAAGUACAGUGAUCGGCAAAGUUCUGAAAGCGGCGCGGAAAUUGAUUCUCUGGGUAUUGUCCACGAUUCCCUUUGACGCCUUUUUGUUUCCGAUAAGAAGAAACUAAUUGAAAAAGAUGGAAGAUGAGACAUCGUCGGUGAGAUCGGCCGCACUGAUUCCGACACCUUUCCAGCGACAAUACCUUGUUGCAGCUGCUGAUGGGGUCUGCGAACAAGAAGGAGUCCGCGGAAAAUGCGACAGCGAACGGAUCCGCCGUCGAUGAGAACGUCGUCUACAAAGUGAGUUCAUCUAGCUUCUCUUCAGAAUUCCGUCGUUUCAGGUGUAUCGUGCUCGAUGGCUUGUGCUCGCUGUCUGCUGUUUUCUCGCCCUCUCCAAUGCGAUGGUUCCGUUCAAAUCUUCUAAAGCAGUUGCCCAACUGAUUAUUUUCAGCAAUGGAUAAGCUUCAGUUCUCUAUCGGAAGAAGUGCAAAUGUACUAUCGGGGUCGUCCAGCGAACGGUAGCAUGGACGUGUCGCUCGUUACUAACCAAAUCUUCCAGGUAACUUGCCGAUCGUCUCGUUUAAUUUUUGAAAGUUUUCAGUUUGUCGCGGUUUUCACUGGAUUCGGUGGAAUGUACAUAACUGAUAACAAAGGAAUCAAAACAGCCGUGAGUACCAGUAACUGAUACUACCUACAAAACCUAAUCUCAAUACAUUUCUAGAGUCUCCUCGGAACCAGUUUGAAUGUGGUCGGAGCUACUCUUCGAAUGAUCGCCUCUGUUCCGUACAUCGAAUCGCAUCUGACUCGCGAGAUUCUGCUUCACGCCGGCUCAUUCAUCGCCGCCUCUGCACAGGCCUUCUUUCUGGUGCUGCCUUCGAAAAUCGCCGAGUGCUGGUUCCCCGGAGAUCAGAGAGCCAUCGCCAAUGUUCUUUCGUUUGUCGGUCAGUGUGCAAUUGUUCUUUAGAUGCAUCGUUUUCAUUUGCAGCGAAUCCGGCCGGUGUUGCACUGGGAACCAUCGUCCCGUCCAUUUUGUUCAAGGAAUACACGAGCAUUCACUCUGCACACUGGAUAUUUUUCUUUUUUGUCAGAUAGAAACAUGCUCUUUUCAGUGCAAACGUUCUUUUUCCAGACCCUCGGAAUGGAAUGUCUUGCCCUGUUCCCGUUCGUUCUUGCCCUUUUCGUCCGGACCAAACUGCCCCCAACUCCUCCGUCCGCCUCUUCCGCGGCUCAUCAGGACAACAUCGGCUUCGUCAAAUCGAUACUUCACUGCAUUCUGUAUCUCUUCGCAUUGCUUCCCCACUGAUUUGACAUGCUUUUUUCUUUAGAAACGUGCAAUUCUUCAUUCAAAUGUGCCUGUUCGCAUUCGCAUUCUCCCUUCUCUGGAGCCUCAUGAUCUUCCUCGAUGGACCGCUCAAAGACCAGGGCUACGAGCUGGCCGGGUGCGAGAAAAGGACGAGGAGCGCCGGAUGAAUUAGUCAUUUUACAGAUAUCCGACUGCUGUUUGCGCCGUCGUCGGCACGCUGACUUCGUUGCUCGCAGGUCAUAUUGCUGACAAAACACGCAAGUUCAAAGUGAGUGAUACAUCGAGAAAGAGAAAGAGACAGCAUUCGAUUUCAGGAGAUCAUCAGAGUAUGCACGUGCGGAUUCGCAUGCUCAGUUAUCACACUGCGAAUGGUGAGUCAGAAAGGGAAACAGAACGGUUACUUUUUUCAAAAUCAAAUUCCAGUUUUUGAACAAAAGAAGCGAAGGUCCUCUGGAUACUGUGAUCGUCUACGUUCUCUGCGGAUGUCUCGGUGCUUUCUCGAUACCCCAGUUCCCAAUCGGAGUUGAGCUGGGAGUGGAGACGACGUUCCCCGUGAUGGAAGCCACUUCUUCUGGAGUUCUUGUCAUAUUCGGGCAAGUUUCAUUCAUCCAAUAUCCUGUAAAGCUCCAAUUUGUUCUAGAUCCUUGUUCAUGUUCAUCAUUCCGUUCGUGCAGACGUACACAGAAAGUCUCCGACUCUUCUACGCGCAGUCCUGGAAAUGUAGGUUCCUUCUCAAAUUCACAUAAUCGAAUUUGUUUCAGUCGCUCUCGAUGUCACCUGCGGCUUGUCUCUCGUCUCUGUCAUUCUCUCCCUUCUCUUCCUCAAACCACGGUACGUGUUGAACUUUGCAUUUCUAUAAAAUUAUUUCUCUUUAGAUAUCGUCGAUUGGAACUCGAAAAUGCGCAAUCGCCAGUGGCCGCUGAGAAGGAACCGCCUGUCCGAAGCCCGGGAUCGUCUGAAAUUGAGAUGCGCUGA